CAGAGGAACGCCAGCAAUUACAUAACACUUAAACAUACACUUACACUGCUCGCAGAGCCCGUUCAACCAGUUACACAUUCUACUAAGAUUAGCUCAAGGCCAGUACACGACAACCUAGCCAGAACUGAGUUUCACAUGAUUGGAUUCACACAUACCAUAACAUAGACAUACAUUAUCAAGCAGAGACACCACAGACGUCUAGAUACUUACACAAGAACUAGAACAAUGACAUUUUUUUUUAUUCAGGAACACAGACACAAGAUUUUAUGUUUUUGUAAACUGUGCUGUCCCAUUUUGUAUUUGAUUUAUAUGAUUGAUGUUAGGGAUAGAAUAGAGUAGUAAGACAGAUAGUUGUUGAUGUAUUAGAUUAGUAGCAGACGCUGAAAAAUAUAAUUUGUCAGCUACAGAAAGGGAGGGAGAUAUGUGAUGACGCAAUGUUGCGUCGAAGCCAGGUAGAUAGCAGAAAUAGGCUUUAGCGUGUUAGUCAGAGGUAGACCAAUGAAAAUUCAGAGACUGACCGGUCACGUGGUAUGGUCAGCUGACCACUGAGGCGUGGGGCAGUAGAGCGAUAGGACAGGAGUUGAUAGGUAGCUAGCGAGGAGUAGAGAAGGUGUUAGGAAGCGGUCAGAGACGGUCGUAAUAUGUAGAGCUAGAGAACGGUAGUUAGUGUUAGGAUUGAUCAUGGGAGUGCGUAGUUAGUAGUACAAUGGAUCUGGCCACCAUCGCCAUCGCCACCAUCUUGAUUCUGUUGUUCUAUCUCUGGUUCAGACGUCAUGACCCACGUCUGCCGCCAUGUCCGGUCAGACCACUGCCUGUAGUUGGUCAUCUGUUGUCUCUGGACAAAGACCCCAGGGAACAGUACAAGAGAUGGAGGCAACAGUGUGGGGAUAUCUUCAGCCUGUAUCUCGGUGGAAGACACGCUGUGGUGCUGAACGGAUACUCGCUGAUCUACAAGACUUUGGUGAAGCAGGGCGAUGACUUUAGUGCACGGCCCCCAGAUUUUUUUGAUGAGGAGUACGGCAUAGGUCUGGGACUUAUUUUGAUCGACGGCCAAUUGUGGAAAGAACAAAGAGGCAAAACUAUUCAAAUCUUGAAAAAGUUGGGUAUGGGGAAGAAUGUCUUGGCCGAGAGAAUACAAGAAGAGGCUGAGUUUUACAUCAAAGCUUUGACUGAUUUAAAAGGCAAGCCAACAGACAUCAGAGAAUUGACGGAUACAACUGUCUCUAACGUUAUCAGUCACGUGGUAUUUGGGCACAGGUUUGAGUACAACGAACCACUUUUUGUUGACGCUAUUCAGGCAUUGAAAGAAAUCAUGAACAAUUCACAUGCAACCUCAGUGCUGCAUUUCUUUCCUUUUGUGCGCUAUUUACCUUUUGAUUUAACCAAAAGCAAGGAAACAAAAUCAUUCGUCGAUCGCGUCCUCAACUUUGUGGAACGCGAAAUAGAAAACAUCCAACAGGGUAGAGUGAAGAAGGAAAACUUUAUCUCAGAGUAUUUAAAUAAAAGAAAUGACACGCUGGAAAAGUGCAACAAAACAAUAUUGGAUAAGGAUCAUCCAUCAAAAAUUGUUAUCGAAUUAUUUUUUGCCGGAUCUGAAACGACUACCGAGACACUAAUUUGGUGUGUUUUGUACGUACUCAACUAUCCGGAGGUUCAGGAAAAAAUCUACAGAGAAAUUGUUGAAAACGUUGGAACUGACCGGAUGCCUAACAUUUUAGACAGAACAAAACUACCCUACCUUGGUGCUGUUAUCAUGGAAACAUUAAGACUCUCUAGUAUUGUUCCUUAUGCUCUACCCCAUUCAUGUUACAGAGAUGUUGAAGUUAACGGUUACACAAUUCCAAAAGGAACCGUAAUUAUUCCAAAUUUAACAUCCAUUUCACACGAUGAAAAAAUCUGGGGAGAAGACGUCAUGUCAUUUAGACCUGAAAGAUUUCUGGACGUCAACGGGAAACUGAAAAAUCCCGAAGAAUUUGUCCCGUUUUCUCUAGGACGACGCGUAUGUUUGGGCGAGUCGUUGGCCAACAUGGAGCUCUUUAUAUUUCUCUCUUCCAUGUUCCAGAGAUUCGAGGUGAAGCCAGAGGACCCAGGCUGUCUUCCUUCAAUGGAAUUUAUUACUGGUAUUUCAACCAAAUCUUUGCCGUUUAAAGUCAGAUUAAUACAAAGGGAGUGUAGUAACUAAAUUCAUUUUUUACAAUGUCAGCUUUGAAUUAAGAGGUCAUUUAUCUGUUAAAAUUAUUAUUCACCAAAUUCACCUAGACUUAUACAUUCAUUUAAU